CCGCCACCAGGGGGCGCUGAUCACCAACCCUGAGAGACGGAGACUCGUGUCGAAAGCGCGGCAUCUUUACAGAUAGCGCUACAUUUUCAUUUACUGCACUUUUGGUAAGACUGCACGCGAUGAAUAUAUAUUUCUGUGGCAGUAUCAGGGGAGGAAGGCAGGAUGUGAAGAUUUAUCAAAAAAUUGUGAAGAAACUGCAGAACUAUGGACAAGUUUUGACAGAGCACGUGACCCAUGAUGAUAUAUCUGAGAAAGGUGAGAAUGCUCUACCGGAAGGAGAUGCGGCUAUCUAUGACCGUGAUAUGGAGUGGCUGACUCAGUCUGAUGUUGUAGUUGCUGAAGUAACCCAACCGUCUUUUGGUGUGGGUUAUGAAAUCGGUCAAGCCAUGGCCAUGAAAAAGAGAAUUCUCUGCCUUUUCCGACCCUCAUCAGGGAAAGUGCUGUCUGCCAUGAUACGGGGUGCUGAGGGCAAGUUGGGCAGCUCUCACUUCCAGGUACUGGAUUAUGCGGAAGAGGAAGUUGAAGGCAUCCUGGAGAAUUAUUUUGGUGAACUCACCAAGAACUAAUAUGAAAUGUGUAAAAUGCACUAUAUUGCCAAAUGUAUGAAUACCUGACCAUCACAGCCAGAUUUUUUUGUUGAACAUGUCUUUCCAAAACUAUGGCCAUGAAUAUGGAGCUGGUCCCCCCUUUGCUUUUAUAACAGCGUCCACUCUUCUGGGAAGGCUUGCCACUAGAUCUUGGAAUGGCACAGAUAUUGGGUGAGGAGGCCAGGUACACAGUCAGCAUUCCAAUUCAUUCCAGAGCUCUGUGCAGGUUAAUUGAGUUCACCCACUCCAACCUUGGCAAACCUUGUCUUCGAGGGCCUCAGGUUUGGGCCCCUUAGUUCCAGUGAAGGGGAAUUCAGCAUAAAAAGACAUCCUAUAUAAUUGUGUGCUUUCAACUUUGUGGGACACAAACAGUUUGGGGACGACCCACAUAGGGGUGUGAUGGUCAGGUGUCCACAUACCUUUGGUCAUAUAGUGCAGAUCACUCAUAAUGUAAUGAGUAAUUUCAUUAUCCAACUCUGGAUAGAACUAUUUUUGUAAGUAGUAAGAUAUUUUCAGUUAAAUAGUUCAGAGGCACUUAGGUUUUAUAUAAAUUACUGACACAUGAUGCAUUUGUGUUUGUUAAAAUAUGGGUGUCUCUCAGAUUGAAAGAUUUAAAACAAGAUUUCACAAGCAAAAAUGUUGUGAUGUUUUCUAUCAUAUUAAAGUGUUACUGUUCAUUAUUUUUCCACA